AUGACACAAGAGAAGAAGAAACAACAAUCUGUCGCAAUUAUCGGUGCUGGGGCAGCCGGUUUAACUGCUCUUUUUGAACUUCUACACACCAAGAAAGAUGGCUCUACCAGCUUGAAGUACAAUGCAGACGGGUCUUUCGAUUCGGCCAACUCUGUAAAUGACGAUCCAGCCUUCGGCGAAAUUGUACUAUUCGAACAGGCCGGAAAAGUCGGUGGUGUUUGGAACCCCAGCUUCGACACUCCAGAUUUCAUUCCUCAAGAUAUAUUCGACACUGAACGUUACGAUGAUCCCUCUGUUUUGCGUCCAAAGACCGAAGUUCCUGCAGAAUUCACUGGCCAAUCUUUUGAACAGCCAUUGGAGAAAACUAUUGAUAGUACCACGAAAUCACCAAUUAGAUGGGACCGUAGUGCUAUAUACAAGUCUCUUUAUUCCAAUGUGACUAGAAGACAUUUGAGGAACAGUUUCAUUCCAUUUAAAGAAUCAACUGGGGAGAAGGAAAGCCCAAUAGGACCAUUCUUGACUAACUUUGAAGUCACUGAUAACAUUCUGAAAUUCGUCAAAACGCAUUCGUUAGACCAAUAUGUCAGAACUCAAUCGGAAGUUGUUGAUGUGUCCAAAGCAUCGGAUAACGACCAAUGGGUAGUUACGAUAAGACAAACUAACGACAAAGAUAAGACUGAAAGUUGGUAUUCUCAAAAUUUCGACAAUGUGAUUGUCAGUAGUGGACAUUACUCAAUUCCACAUAUUCCAAGAAUUGAGGGUCUUUCAAUUUGGAAUAAAGCAUUUCCAAACUCUAUCCUGCACUCCAAGUCAUUCAGAGAUGAAAGCAUUUUCAAGGAUAAAAGAGUCUUGUUUGUUGGUACUGGUCUCAGUGGACUUGACAUUUUGCAGUAUGCCUUCCCCUUGGCAAAGGAAGUCAUCACAGCGAGAACACCAGGUAAGAAAGAAAUUUACGAUUGGCUAAAUACGGCUGCUGUGAGUAAAGAUAUCGUAGCAAAACCUAGAGUCUCAUCCGUGGACUACGCCAAUGGGAAAACUGUCCAUUUCGUUGACGGGACCAAGAUUGAAGAUGUUGAUAUCAUUGUUUUCUCGACAGGUUAUCAUUGGCACUACCCAUUCUUGAAUGAGAAAGAUACCGGUAUCUCUGUUGGAGCUGACGAGGAAGAGGGUAAAGUUCCAAACAACAACUCCCUAGUUACUGGUAUUUACAAGAGUAUUUUUUCAGUAAAGGAUUUGUCUUUAGCCUUUGUUGGUGUGUUGACCACACAGUUCAAAUGGCCCUCAUUCGAAGUCGCUUCAUCUAUCAUUGCCGCUGUCUGGACAGGGAAAUCCCAACUACCCUCCUUAGAAGAAAGAGAGGCGUGGGCGAAAGAAAGAAAACAGGUGAGAGGAUCGAAUCUGUUAGUCCAUGUCUAUUUGAACGGAGAAUUCGCAGAGUUCGUCAGAGAAAACCACACGCUAUUACCAAAAGACAGAAACAUCAAGAACAUCUUCGAUGAUGAAUACGUCGGUGAAGAAAUAGCUUCUCAGAAGGUGGCUGAAAGGUUGUUCUAUGAGCUAAAGGAUGGUUCCAUCAGUAUUCAUGAUACCUUGUGA